AUGAUCGAGUGGCGUUUGCUGUUUCGCUGGAAUGCGAGCUUUCGACAGCCAAGACCAUGGUGGAAAUGUGGGCGAUUUACAGCAGCAACGCACCACAUCUUCAAUGAAAAGUCCAAGUUUGAAGUUCUGGACGAGCGCAAUGAAGGUGAUGUGCUGGUUGCAGACGAAAACAAGGCUGCGAUCAAUAGAGUUGGGACUAUCGUCGAAAAGGUGGUCCUACCAAACGGUGAAGAGCGCGAAGUUGAAAUUGAGGAUGCACUUAAUGUCUCAAGCAUGAACAAGAACCUACUGUCGAUACCCCCAGAUUAA